CCAAGAAGCUUAUUGUUUGAUUUUAUUCGUCACGCAGAGUCAUAUUCCUUCCCGCUUGCUUUUUACGCCCAAAAGAAAAAAAAAUGAGACCUAGCAUUGUUUCAGAGGCAGGGCUGCAAACUAGGGCUGGACAAUGGUGGGAUAGUAUUCCGUUCCUUACAUCAGCUGUGGUUAUUGUUUGCGGGGUUAUUUACUUGAUUUGCCUUUUGGUUGGACAUGAUACUUUUUAUGAAAUAUGCUUCUUGCCAGAGGCCGUUGUAUCACAUUUUCAAGUUUACAGGAUAUACACUUCCAUUAUUUUCCAUGGUUCAUUGUUACAUGUUUUGUUCAACAUCUUGGCUUUGGUUCCUUUGGGUUCCGAACUGGAGAGAAUCAUGGGAUCUAUUCGAUUGCUAUUCAUGAUAAUUUUGCUAGCAACAAGCAAUGCUAUAUUUCAUCUCUUUAUUGCUUUGGUGGUAGCCCAUAAUCCUAUCCACCCUUACGACCAUUUCAUGAAUGAGUGUGCAAUAGGUUUCUCUGGAAUCUUAUUUUCUAUGAUCGUUAUAGAGACAAGCCUGAGUGGAGUUCAGUCUAGGAGUGUGCUUGGUCUCUUUAAUGUUCCUGCUAAAUGGUAUGCAUUCAUCUUAUUGGUAGUAUUCCAGUUGCUUAUGGCGAAUGUCUCAUUACUUGGACACCUCUGUGGCAUUUUGUCUGGCUUUGCAUAUACCUAUGGCUUAUUCAACUUCCUCAUUCCUGGACCAUCCUUUUACGCUGCCAUUGAGUCCUCAUCAUGGCUUGCAAGCUGUGUGAGGCGGCCCAAAUUUAUUUUAUGCAGUGGUGGAAAUCCUUCAGCCUACAUCCCCACUUACACUGUACAAAAUUCACCCUCCAGUGGACUAUUUUCUGGAAACAUCUGGAGAAACAUGUCUUCCUGGAUGCCACUGAAGGAGACAUCUUAUCAGUCAGCUCAAGAAGAUUCCAUAUUUCCUGGGAGAGGCAGAACUAUUGGUUCUGUUCAAAGUGCUGCCGUAAGUCCAGAUUCAAACCUACAAGCUAGACUUUUGGAUAAUACUAGGCCCACUAGUCCAAAUACUGCAGUGGUUGGUGCUGGGGGUAGGCUUUCAAAUGAAAGGCAGUCACAAGUGAAUGAUGUAGUUGCAGCUGGUGCUGGAGGUUAUCCGCUUCCUCAGAUGCCUCAGGUUGCUUCUGAGGAACAAAUCCAGAAACUCGUUUCGAUGGGUUUUGAAAGGACACAAGUAGAAGUUGCAAUAGCAGCUGCCGACGGAGAUCUUAAUGUGGCUGUGGAAAUUCUUAUGAGCCAGCAGGACUGAGCUGCAAAAUGGAACCCCCUUUGAGUCAUAAACAACCACCGUCCAUGCCAUGGAGAGCUUGAUUUCUUGAGCGGGUUAGUGCUUCCACCUGAAUGGAUGUGCAUAUUGUGAGUGAUUUAUGGUCAAAUGGCUAGUGUGUAUAGUAUUUCCAACAACCGAGGAAAGAAACAUUAUGAACUGGAACUACUGCUUUCUGCAAUACAUGAACUUGGUGAAACCAUUUUGUUCUAGA